GCGGUGCUCCGGGUUGCGGCAGCGAAGCGCGUCCCUGCGCCGCCACCUUCCGUGAUUCUACGCCGGGAUUUGGAAUCGGGGCGGGUCGUUGGCGGCGGCGGGGACUGGCAGACAUGUCGUUGCCAGUGCUGCAGAGUAACAGUGGGCUGAUGAGAAGGAUCCUGGCACACUUCCCUCGGGACCUGAGUCUGGCCUUCGCCUAUGGCUCCGGCCUCUUUGGGCAAGCUGGGCAGCCGGCACCCAGUAAUAAUGUGCUGGACUUUGUUUUUGCUGUUGAUGAUCCAAUCACUUGGCAUACAAUGAAUAUUAUGAAAAAUCCACGGCAUUAUUCUUUUUUGAGGUUUUUUGGACCAAGGUAUAUUAGUAAAAUGCAGAAUAAUUAUGGAGCUGGAAUAUACUACAAUACGUUGGUACCGUGUGAUGACAGGAUAAUCAAAUACGGUGUUAUCAGUACAGGAACUCUGAUUGAAGAUCUUCUUCAUUGGAAAAAUUUAUAUAUUGCUGGAAGACUACACAAACCUGUGAAAAUUUUAAUCCAAGAUGAGAAUGGCAAAUUGCAAGCUGCAUUAGCUAGAAAUCUGAAAAGUGCAGUAACAGCAGCCUUUCUCAUGCUGCCAGAAUCAUUCACUGAGGAGGAACUCUACGUUCGUAUCGCUGGACUUUCCUACUAUGGUGAUUUUAGAAUGAUUAUUGGAGAAGACAGAUCAAAAGUAAUGAAUAUUGUCAGUGCAAACAUGGAAAAUUUCCAAAGACUCUACAAUAACAUUUUACAGGAGUGCCCUCAAGUGGUUUACAAGCAACAUUUGGGUAAAUUAGAGCUUGAUAAAAGUCCAGAAGGUCAAUUCAACCUAUUAAUGGCGUUGCCCAGAACGCUUCAGCAAGAAAUCACUCGUUUGGUAGAUCAACCGGGAAAAAAUAGAGAUGUAGAAGAGAUCUUGCUUCAGGUAGCCCAGGACCCGGACUGUGGAUUAGUCAUACAGCAAAGUGUAGGUGGUAUCGUAAAGUCUUCAAGUAUAACUCAAAGUGCAAAAGGAAUACUUACUGCUGGCAUGAAAAAAACUAUUACCUAUAGCGUGAAGAAGCUACAUAAAAUGUGGAGGGGAUGGAGAAGAAAAUCUUCCUGAAGUUGCACUGACAAGAGCAAUGGGUUUAUAUUACCUGCAUCUGGAAAACUUGGUCUGUGAACUGGUGAAGGUCAGAUAUUUUAAGAGAAGCACCAAGUCUAGUCCCAUCACCUGGGGUGCAGUGGCCUACAUUUUAGUCAAUGUGAAAAGUAAAUUCACCAUUUGUUCUUAAACUAUGUCAUAUUUCUUUUUAUGCUGCUACUUCCCGUUUAGUUCUGAGGAUUUUAUGCUUGAUCACAUGCCUAUCAUGUAGUGCUAUUACUUUACUUUUAUUGUCACCAAACAAUUGAUACUAGAGUGUACAAUUAUCACAGCAAUAUUUGAUUCUGCGCUUCAAGCUCCCUGAAGUACAAAUCGAAGUAAAUAUAAUAAAAAUUUAAAUUAUAAAUUAUAAUUAGAAAAUAGAGAAGGGAAAGUAAGGUGGUGAAAGUCAGGUCCAGAUAUUUAGAAGGUAUGGCCCAGAUCCGGAUCAGGAUCUGUUCAGCAGACUUAUCACAGUUGGAAAGAAGCUGUUCCCAAAUCUGGCCGUACGAAUCUUCAUGCUCCUGAAUCUUCUCCCGGAGGGAUGAGGGACAAAAUGUGUGUUGGCUGGGUGGGUCAUGUCCUUGAUUAUCCUGGCAGCACUGCUCCGACAGCGUGCGGUGUAAAGUGAGUCCAAGGAUGCCUUUUUGAAUAUCUGUAAACUCCGUAUCAACUCUAUGUCCCUGAUUGACCCACUGUGUUACCUCAUUAAAGCAAUGAAGUAGGAUUGAGGUUGUGUGGGUCAGUUCGUGAACCUGAUGGCUGUUGGAAAGUAACUGUUCCUGUACCUGUGUGGGACUUCAUACUUCUGUACCUCUUCAUAGACAAUAGUAGUGAGAAGGGUGCAAGAUCCAUGAUGAACCCCUAUGAAUCUAUCAUCGUCAGUGUGUCAACACUGACUGAGGAAAAGGGGGGUUUGGAGUUUGACCUCAGACCUGGCACAGAACUCACAGCUAUGAUCCUUGGCCUCACAUGUUUUUUGAACUCUAGACUACCUGCAGCAUAAGUACAGAGAAAAAAAACCUGAAUUACAUUAAUUAUAUAUAUGUCUAUUAAGUAGUUAAGUUAAAAUAUGUAGUGCAAAAAAAAACAGAAAAUAAAAGAAGUAGUGAGGAGUAGUUCAUGGGUUCAAUGUCCAUUUAGGAAUCGCAUGGCAGAGGGGAAGAGGCUGUUCCUGAAUGACUAAGUGUGUGCCUGCCUUCAGGCUUCUGUACCUCCUCCUUGAUGGUAACAAUGUGAAGAGGGCAUGACCUGGAUGGUGGGGAUCCUUAACGAUGAAUGCUGCCUUCCUUGAAAAUGUUUGGAUAAUAUGGAGGCUGGUACCCAAAAUAGAGCUGACUAAUUUUACACAUUUCUACAACUUAUUUUGAUCUUGUGCAGUAGGCCCCCCAUACCAGAUGGAGAUGCAACCAGUCAAAACACUCUUCAAGUGGUUUAGUUGACAAACCAAAUCUUCUCAAACUCCUAAUGAAAUAUAGCAAAUGCUGGUGGAACACAGCAGGCCAGGCAGCAUCUAUAGGAAGAAGCACAGUUGACGUUUCAGGCUGAGACCC